AUGGACCCAGUGUGCCUCAUUCUGGGCCUCCCCAGCAGAUUGGUGUGCAACCACAGGAGUGAGUGUCAGUGUUUGCCUGGGUGGAUGCCUCCUUCCUGCAACUCAAAAGAUGAAGAGUUCUCUUCUCUUUCUACUGGAGCAAUUGUUGCCAUAUCAGUGACAAUUAUACUGAUUGUUCUCGGUAUCAUCCUCGGUGUGACUGGGUUCAUCUGGAAAAAACGGCAAAGACCCAUUUUGCCAACAGCAAAGACCCAGAGAAAGCAGCCAGCAGUGGGCAUGUCCAUUCAGCGUGUCAACGAAAGGCCAGCUCCUGGUCAAGUGCCACAGGUUGUAAGGGUGAAGCCGAAAGCUCCACCUCCUCCUCCACCUCCAGCAGGGAACAGACCUAAACCACCGGGUCAGAACUACAUGGCUGCACGUCAGGAACCCACUGUGCAGGAUCCUGGUGCUAGACCCUCCUUAUGA